GCCGGAGCGUCCCGGCCCCGUCCCGGCCUGUCCCGUCCCGCCGCCCGGCCCGGCCCGGCCCGGCCAUGCUGCUGCGGCUGGCGCUCUGCCUGCUCGCCCUCUGCAGCCCCGCCGCCGCGCACGGUGGGAUUUGCUGGCUGCAGCAGGGGAAAGAGGCCAAGUGCACCAUGAUCCUGAAGACAAGCGUGACGUGGGAGGAAUGCUGUGCCAACGGCAAUGUGGACGUGGCCUGGUCUAAUUACUCCUACCCAGGCAACAAGAUCAGCCUGCUGGGCUUCCUGGGGCUGGUGACCUGCCACCCCUGCAAAGAGAGCUGCGAGGGGGUGGUCUGCGGCCCCGACAAGGUCUGCAAGAUGAAGCAUGGGCGUCCCCAGUGUGCCUGUGCCCCAGACUGCUCCAGCCUGCCCCGCAAGCUGCAGGUCUGCGGCUCCGACGGCUUCACCUACCGCGAUGAAUGUGACCUGCUGACAGCCAAGUGCAGAGACCACCCCGACCUUGAAGUCAUGUACCAAGGAAAAUGCAAAAAGUCCUGCUCCAGUGUGGUGUGCCCCGGCACACACACCUGCGUGGUGGACCAGACGGGCAGUGCCCACUGCGUGAUGUGCCGGACAGCCCCCUGCCCUGAGCCCACCAGCCUGGACCGUGCGCUCUGUGGCAACAACAAUGUCACCUACCCCUCGGCGUGCCACCUCCGGCGGGCCACCUGCCACCGCGGCCGCUCCAUCGGCGUGCGCCACUACGGGAGCUGCUCAGCUGCAACCAGGUUGUCCUCGGAGACGGACAAUGCAGAAGAGAACUAUGUGUGAAUCCUCCCUCGGCACAAGGCCGGACCCAGGAGACAGGGGCAUUAUGUGUAUAUUGUACAAACCAUAUACCUGGUAUUUAUUAAGAUAAAAAGAUCCUUAUUUAUACCCGUCUAUGUUACGCAGCUGCAGGAGGCCCAGCUCUGGGCCCUGCUGGCUGGGGAGCAGGGGAAGGCGAUCCCAGCCUGGCCGUGGUGAUGCCAAGCGCCCUGGGAUGCUCCGGUGCCCGGCAGAGCUCUCGACUGGUGCUCACGCAGCCGGUGCUGAGGGGGUGUCCAUGCUGCUGCGCCUUGGGCCCCCCCACGUGUCCUUGGCCGGCAGCCCUGGGCCUAUUUAUUUUUGGAUUGAAUUCUCAGUACUCUGCUGACGUUUCUGGCCAGGACCCCGAGGUCUGGAGGGAAUCGGUGCAUUUGCCUUCCCCAGAGGGGCUCAGCCCCAGCUGCCAGCAGCAGGAAAGGCAACACGGCGCUGCAUCGGAUUGGAGACAGAGAGAUAUAUAUUUUUUUAUCUAUAUAUAUGCAUAUAUAUAUGUAUGUUAUUUUCUCCUGAAGUUUUAGCAUGUGUAUGUUAAAAUGGAUUUCAGUUUAGGUUUUCCUGGGCCCAUUCAGACCAGGCUCCCACCCACCCUCGGAGGCGCCGUUGGCACCUGGAGGUGCGGUGGUGGCGGGACAGUACUGCCUACCACGGGCCUUGGCACGCCCUGCUGAGGGGCUUGACCAUCCUCCCAGGACUGCCGAGCCCAAUGCCCAUCUCCCAGAGCCCUCUGCAUCCCCCCCUGCCAAAAGUCCUUUAAAGCAGCUGGGGGCAAAGGGAGUCCAGAGCCCCUGAGGCAUUUCCAGGGCUGGUGCUGGACGCAGCCACCGUGCAGUGCCCCGAGGAGGCAGUGGGGAGCAUGGCUUGGGAGAGGGGAUCAGGAGGAGGGUGACAGCCCUGCUGCCCUUCCAGGGACCCCCAACCUGGCUGCCCCUCAGCCACACAGCCCUGGCCUCCACCUCCCACCCCCCGACUCUGUUGACACCGUCUGUAUUUAUUUUUACUUCUCUCAUUUUGUGUGUUGUCACUUCUGUAAAUACCAUCACAUCUCUGACACCAAGAAGCUAUUGCCUUUAUAUAAAUAUCAUAUAUAUAAUAUAUGUAUAAAAUUACCCUAUUUUCUAUUUUUGUAUGAUUGCAUUCUGAUUCCUGAGGCAGACGCUAUGGGAACAUACACAUUUCCUAUUCCGUAUUGUUAGGGGCAUUUUACGGCUGUGUUACAAUUUGGAUUAUAAUUAAAAAAAAAAAAUAAACAA